AUGGCUCUCACUCUCGAGGCCGUCUCUCAGUCCCUCGUCCCCAAGUCGCCAUCGCUCACAAUCUUCGCUCCGCCGGACUUCACCUUCAAGAGGGCCGGCCAGCCCUCCCUCUAUCUCUUCCAAUUCCACUUCGCCCCUCUCACUCUCCCCCUCCAAACCCUAAAAUCGCUCCCCGCCGGCACCAAGAUCCUGACUCUCCUCUCCGGCAGCUCCCUCUUUAUCACCUCGCCUCAUUCCGGCACCGGAAUUUCUCUCAACGGCGUCAGGGUCACAACUACCACCUCGCGGAUCUACGACGACGGGUUCCUGAUCAUUCUCGGAGUCAAGGACUUCUUCAACCAGAAUCUGAUGUGCGAGUCGCCUCCGUCGAACGGUACAAGCACGAUUGGGUUUCUGGCGGCUUCUUGGUUUGAAGGAGCCAGAGGCGUGAUGAGGUCCAAUGGAAACAGAGUGAUGGCUUCAUUUAUUGAUCUGCAGCUCAUGGGGUUCAAGAACCCUCCGAGGUUAGUUUGGGAAAUUCACCUCUAUGUGGGGCCCACCUAUGCUGAGUUGGAUCGCCACGUCCGUAGCUAA